UGUAUGGCAAUGCCAAAACCCGAUGCGUUACAAAGGCCCGUUUCAUUACUGCAAAAUUUGAACUUCCAACGGAUACCGCAAGAAAAAAUAGUCGGAGGUUACAUCGUGGCUCCGAAUUCACUGCCGUUCCAGGUGUCCAUACAACGCCGUCCCAGGCCUACAGCCGACUGGAUGCAUUAUUGCGGAGGUUCCAUCCUCGAUUCGAAAAUCGUCGUCACUGCAGCCCAUUGCAUCUCCGGGAUUGACGCAACUAAUUUGCGUGUUGUGGCCGGAGAGCACAGCUUGUCAAUUGAUAGCCGUCUCGAACAAAAAUCCAUGCCUGUGUCGGUUAUCGUACACGAAAAUUUCAACUCCGAUACGUUCCAGAACGACAUCGCUCUGGUCUAUAUGAGCAAAAUUCCUUUGGAUUUGAGCGUUCCAUCCGCCAAAGCGAUUCAACUGCCGCCUCCUGUUUCCCAAUACGAUCCAUCUCUCGGAACUCGCAUGAACGUGUCUGGUUGGGGAUUCACAGAACCCUCGUCUGGACCCAGUGAAAGGCUUUCUGACGUCCUGCGCACUGUAAACAUCGGCAUCAUUUCAGAUGAUAUUUGCGACAAAACAUAUGGCGGCUCUCCCUAUCGUCCUGUCGUUUUCCCUUCCAUGUUAUGUGCUGGCGACAUGAAUAAAGGUGGAUUAGAUUCUUGCCAAGGCGAUUCCGGUGGCCCAUUGUUCACGAGCAAUGGCAGUUCGGCUGUUCUUCACGGCAUUGUCUCCUGGGGUGAAGGAUGCGCCAUUGCGUCAUAUCCGGGUGUUUACACUCAGGUGUCUUAUUACUUGGACUGGAUCGCUGCCAAACGCGCCCAUUUAAACUCUUCGACACGUCCGCUAGCUUACCAAUGUCAACAUCCGAUUACGCACAUGUUUGGCCCUUGUCAUCACGAGCAAUAUCACGUAACGAACGGUACCGCUAAAGAGAAAUCAAAAGAAUAA